UUCUGAAACCAGAACAAGCCGAGAACUUUUUCACCAAGCCCUGUGAGUCAAAGCUUUUCAACAUUGCUUUCAGGAAGAAUAAUCUGCGACUGAAAAGGAAACGUGUUGCUGUUGGUGAACUGUAUAAGAAGCUUGUGAGAUUUCCAUUUGAAAGGGGAGUUGUCCUCGUACCCAUGCUUCAUACAAUUGAGCACUGAGCAAAAGAAUGUACGCUUUAGUAGUGUGGUUGGAAAAUGGAAUUGAGGUAGAGGGAGUCAUUCCAAUUUCCUGGGUGGACUUCAUAGAAAAUGUGAUAUAUUGGCCACCUGGAGUGGACGCAAAACCCUACAUAGAAAAACUCAGCACGCCACUAAUAACUUCCUGGAGAUCCUUUCCGUUGAAGAAAGUUAAACAUAAGUCUGAACAGAAGUCUGAAUGUGAUGAUUAUACUUUCACAACAACUCAAGAGACAGAUUCAGAGGAGGAGGAUCUGAAACGGAAGCCAAAGAAGAAGAGCUUUCAAGAUUAUGUAACUGGUUCAGAAACAUCAGAUGCUUGUGCUACAGGCGGUACCAAAACUGGAGAUUCUGAACAUGAGAAAUCCAAUUCUGACACAUCAGUUGCUUGUGCUACAGGAGUAACUUAUACUGGAGGCUCUGAAUAUAAGAAAUCUGGAACAUUGCCAAUACCACCAAAUAAGAAAAAAAGUACAUCACAAGCAGUUAUAAGUCCAGGAACAAAUCUGGCCUCCAAAAGUCAACUUUCUGGUCUGUCCCAGACUAAAACUUCUACAAGUCCCUGA